GUAUGCUGCUGAGGGCUCCUCUCAUAUCUUUAAUUGUCUCGCUUGCUCCCACAAUCCCAUUCUCCUCUUUUUUUUUCCCCCUUCAUUUCGCCGUCUCCUUCCCACCUGCUGAAGGAUGUGCGGGUGAAAAAAAAGAACUGGAAAAACGGGAUUAUUUUUUGUUUACCUGUUUCCUCAAGCCUCGUUUUCUGGAGUCAUCUUUGUUCUGUGCUUCCAGCUGCUCAGUGCACGGUGGCUGCUAGUGGGGAAAUAGGUUAGUGUGCCUGUCUGGUGCCGGGCGGCGGAGGUGAUUGAAUGUUCUGUGCAUGGAGGAGAGGAAGAGGAGGGGGAUGCCUUCCUGGUGGUAGCGAUCUGUAGACCUGCGACUGUGCGCUCAGAGAGGGCGACUGGGAUGCUGCCGCUGAACUCCGACCUUUAGCUGUUGGGAAUUUCAAGACAGACACGGGAGAUCGGAGGAAGCGGGGGAUAAAGUAAAAAAUAAUAAUAAUAAUAAAAAAAAGACUGAGGCAAUUGAAGCAAAGGAUACAGAGGGACGUGAAGCAUUUUUCCAUUUUCCCUUUUUUGUGUGUGGACACCAUGGACAUCAACCUUCAGUCUCACCGGUUUUAUUUCCCCCAGAUCUACUGUGCGGAACCCGGGGCUCAACCACAGCUCACUGAGUUCAAAGUCAGUGAACAGAGCAUCUGCCAGGCGCGGGCCUCCGUCAUGGUCUACGAUGACACCAGUAAGAAGUGGGUGCCCAUCAAGCCCGGGCAGCAGGGCUUCAGCCGCAUCAACAUCUACCACAACACUGCCAACAACACCUUCAGAGUGGUGGGCGUCAAACUGCAGGACCAGCAGGUGGUUAUUAACUACUCCAUAGUGAAGGGGCUCAAGUACAACCAGGCCACCCCUACCUUCCACCAGUGGCGGGACGCCCGGCAGGUCUACGGCCUCAACUUCGCCAGCAAGGAGGAGGCCACCACCUUCUCCAACGCCAUGCUCUUUGCUCUCAACGUCCUCAGCGCGCAGGACGGAGGUCCAGCUGUCCAGCGCCAAGUCCAGAAUGGACCCACCUCAGACGAGAUCGAAGCUCAGCGAGCGAGGCAGAUGAUGGAGCAGCAGCAGCAAAUGCAAGCGCACAUGGAGCGGGAGCGACGGUCCUCCAACUCAGGUUCUCCUUUCCAAGGCCACCCUGCGGUGCUCUCCGUGGCCCCCCCAGUAGUACCUCCCCCCAUGAACAUGGGCGGCGGCCCUCCUCCCCCUCCACCACCUCCUGGACCUCCUCCGCCCUCUGCAGGGGCGCCCCCGCCUCCACUCCCCCCGCCACUCCCUAUGGGCGGCGGGACCCAUGGGGAUGAGCCUCCCGCCCCGACGGGACUCGCCGCUAUGAUCGCCGGAGCCAAACUGCGCCGCGUUCAAAGACCUGAGGACAGCUCUUCAGGCGCCAAAAAUGAUGCCAACCGAACAAGUGGAGGAAGCGGAGGUCUGAUGGAGGAGAUGAACGCCCUGUUGGCGCGAAGAAGGAAAGCAGCUUCAGAGAAGCCAGACGACAGCCAAAAUGAUGACCCAAAUUCUCCUUCACCCAGCACCCGGGGGGGACAGAAUGCCACAGAUGGUGCAAAGAAGCCGUGGGACCGAGCUAACUCAGCAGAGAGGUCAUCGCUGGUUUCGAGGGUACGACCCGUGGGAAGUAGCAGUGACACAGACACCGCAGACCUUGAUAGAAUGAAACAGGAAAUCUUGGAAGAGGUUGUCCGUGAAUUGCACAAAGUGAAGGACGAGAUCAUUGAUGCCAUUAGAAAUGAACUCAGUCGAAUUAGCACGACAUAAUCUUUCAGAGCCACUCCCCGCCGCGACCCACCUUUUCAAACCAUCGCCCCUGCAGCAGCUGCUGUGGCCCGGAGGAAGAGCGUCAGGAAAGGAGGCCCAAACUGUGACACGUACUCGUUCUGUUCUGCUGUGGUGUUGAAGCAAUGUGAGGCAACGUUGCUGUAACACUUCAGACAAAUGUCUCUUUAUACCAUUCGGUUUGAUUUAGUUUGGAGAGGAAGACGUGAAUGGGGCACGUUGUCGCACUGAUUACUCUGAUUUCUUAAAGUCUCUCGUCUAUUUGUUCACCCAGUUUGCUCCCCUGUCCUCGGCCUGAAGGAAAACGGAUAAAAAAAAUAAUAAUUCAAAUGAUUUGUAUUUUAUUUUGCUUUUUUUGUCAGAAGUUUGUUUUAAAUUUGUAUUGUUACUGUCAUUUUUCAUUAUUAUUACUAUCAUUUCCACAGUUGUCAAUGUAAUGAUGUGAAUAUGAUUAGUCGUAGUCUUGUGAUGGUGAUAAUGAGGAAAUGACAAUAAGAAUAUGAUAGUAAUGAUAAUGGCGAUGGUUAUUAUUGCACAUCAUUUUAUGUCAGCCUUUUGUAUUUUAUAUUUGUCGUUUUCAUUGGGUUUUGUUUUAGAUACAGUAACAAGCACAUGCAAAUUUAUUUCUCAUCAUCUGAACCUGGAACAUUUUUUGAAGCAGGUCUUUUUUUGUUUGUUUGUUUUUUUCUUUUUCUUUUUUUUUUUUUUUUAUCCUUUUUUUGGCCAACACAGCUAUGUGUGGAGUCAUGCCUGAAAAAGCCAGGCCUUGACCUGAUACAGAGGGUGGAAUAAACUAUUGUUCUUUGGAUAUUGCAAUCUUA